AUGCUGGCACUGCUAAUCUCGCUGCUCGUGGCCCUGGCCAGGGCCGACGUACCGGCGACGCCCGAGCAGGUCCAGCAGCAGGGGAUGACGUACGACAUACCCGAUGCGCUCAAGUCGCUCGGCUUCCACAUCGAACACCUGCCCGACGGCGGGACGAGGGCGGUUAAGGACAACAGCACCGACGGCGGCGGCAGUAGCAGCGGAACGUCCUCUGCUCCGCUCGUGCCGUCGAGGACAUUGCACCUCCCGCCGCUGUACCAAGGCGGAACUGGUCGUGCGCCCCAACCCAGUUUGCCGGCUCCGCAGAGCGAGGCUACUCGUUCCGCCACGUUACCGGUCGCGGACAUGACAUGGUCGACGGCUUGGUCAACAUCUUGGUCGACGUCGCUAUCCUUCAGCACGUCCACAUCGCUCCCUGCGCCCACCGCGUCGGCGCCCUUCGACAAUGGGACAAUGACCUUUACGGUCUCGCAGACGCACCAUGGGACCAGCGCCUCGACCCCCGGCGCCUCCCCGACCGGUCACACUACCAAUCCUUCGAGCGAUGCUGCGCGCAUCGACCCGGGCAUGGUGGGCGUCGUCGCCGGCGGUAUCCUGCUCGGCAUCGUCUUGGUACUUCUAUGA